AUGAAUGUCUUUUUCAUUCUUGUGGCAACUUGUCUACUGGGACUCUGUGACUGCAGUAGGUCCGGAUUUCCCGCUGAUCGACUCUAUAUCCAAGUCCUGGACGACUACGUAGAGGAUGAUAUUGCCAACGAGUUUCCCAAAAAGAGGCAAAGGAUACGUCUAUUCAGCAGCAAGAGGAUGGUCUGGGAUAUGGCUGACGGUACUGUCUAUAAAAAAUCCAAGAUACUACCAGGCACCGAUGACACUGCUAUGUUAAAUAUCGGUCAUCCGAAUAGGCUACUCCAUAAGUCCUUCAGCUAUUCCUUUGCUGGUAAUGCUAUUCAGCUGGUGGUUCCCAAGAAGGGCGUUGCUGUCAUCAAGCUUGUCAACUUCCGUUCGGAUAUUUGGGAUGCUAGGCCAGGCGAGGAACUGGCAUACGUAAAGGUGUAUCUUGACCAAUACAGGAAGCCUGAACUCAUUCUUGUUGUGACUAAUGCAUCCGACACUGUAAAGGAGCACUACCUGGAGCUCAGGGAUGAGGAGUGGGUGGACUGUACUGGAGUCCAUGAAGAAAGGAUGAAGGAAUUGAUGGAUCCUGCCCAGUGGAUUUCCAAUUUCCAAAUUGACCUCUCUGCCUCCAAAAACACCAAAGAGUGUACCAUCUUUGAAACCGUUGUCUUGGGUAUCAGCACCAAACACUUUUAUCCAAAGCCUGGCCAUCUGCUAACUGGAAUAAGGGACAAGGAUAUUCUCUUAUGGGAGUCUUCAAAACCCUUUUACAAGUCUGGGAAUAAGGUGAUGUGGAGCGGCAAGUAUGAUGACCGCUGCCUCUGUUGUCUCAUUUACAGAAAGGGGAGCACAAGGCUACUGGAACUUACUCUCUUGGAGAACUCAUCGGGAAUCGGCAGGUACUUUGAAAAGAAUGCUGAUGGUGAAUGGAAUGAGAUUGACGUAAACACGUUUGAUAAAAAGGCAAGAUAUAUUAGGGGCGGAAUAACUGUUGAUUCCAUCCUCUCAAAGGUAGAUGGCUCACUAUCUCUCUUGUCUUGGAAUCUCUGGAAGAAAAUGUCAGACUUCAUAAACUAG